GGAGAAGCAGGGACUGCGGUGGUAAACAAACAGGUAUAGAAGCGGCCCCGCACAGCGGAGCUCUUCUGUCGCCAACGGUUGACUUUCAGGGAAUUUGACCUCCUUCACGGACCGCGGAGGAAUUCAAACCGGUUCUAAAAUCCCCCCGAACUCCGACUGCCGAAACUCCAAGGUUCGCCCUCCCCACCUCCCUGCCCUGUGAGUCGGUUUAUGUGACACAUUAGCGUCCCCGGGGGGGCGAGACGAGCGAAACAUGACUGAGCUGAGGAAGCGAGGCGGCGGCGGAGGAGGAGACCCGGACACCGCCGAGAAUAUCAGCGACAAGGAGGCGGAGAGCGAAGACAGGCUUGGCCUGCAAGGCGACGCGGAGGGAGAAUGUGACGCUGACACCAAAACUGACACUCCAGAUGUUCCUGUCUCCACAGCAGAUACUGACAACACUCCAGAAUGUCUGAACAAAGCUCUGGAGGGGCUUCCACCCAGAUGGAAGAACUACUGGAUACGAGGACUUUUGUCCAUCUGUAUGAUUUCAGGUUUUUUCCUCAUCAUCUAUAUGGGACCCAUCACUCUUAUCUUUGUGGUCAUGUGUGUCCAAAUCAAGUGUUUCCAUGAAAUCAUCACCAUCGGCUACAGAGUUUACCAUUCCUAUGAGCUGCCUUGGUUCAGGACUCUGAGCUGGUACUUCCUGAUUUGUGUCAACUACUUCUUCUAUGGUGAAACGGUCGCAGAUUAUUUUGGAGCUUUGGUGCGGAGGGAGGAACCUCUGCAGUUCCUGGCUCGUUAUCACCGCUUCAUUUCUUUCACUUUGUAUCUCGCAGGUUUCUGCAUGUUUGUGCUGAGUUUAGUGAAGAAACAUUACCGCCUGCAGUUUUACAUGUUUGCUUGGACCCAUGUGACCCUGUUGAUUGUGGUAACUCAGUCCCACCUUGUCAUUCAGAACCUGUUUGAAGGAAUGAUCUGGUUCAUUGUUCCUAUUUCCAUUGUUAUCUGCAAUGACAUCAUGGCCUAUCUGUUUGGAUUCUUCUUUGGGAGAACUCCUCUCAUCAAGCUCUCACCCAAGAAGACGUGGGAGGGCUUCAUCGGGGGUUACUUCGGCACGGUUGUCUUUGGCUUCAUGCUGUCCUACCUCCUGUCGCAGUUCCAGUACUUUGUGUGUCCUGUGGAGUUCAACAGUGAGACCAACAGGUUCACGGUCGUAUGCGAGCCGUCUGAUCUGUUUGUGAUGCAGGAGUACACCCUCCCCGCCGUGCUGCAGAACACGCUGAGAUGGAAAACGGUGAACCUGUACCCCUUCCAGAUCCACAGCAUCUUCCUGUCGUCCUUCGCCUCCCUCAUCGGGCCCUUUGGAGGCUUCUUUGCCAGCGGCUUCAAGCGAGCCUUUAAAAUCAAAGACUUUGCCAGCACCAUCCCAGGCCACGGAGGCAUCAUGGACCGCUUUGACUGUCAGUAUCUGAUGGCCACUUUCACUCACGUCUAUCUCGCCAGCUUCGUCAGAGGUCCAAACCCCAGCAAAGUGCUUCAGCAGCUCCUGAUGCUUCAGCCUGAGCAGCAGCUCAACAUUUUCAACACCCUGCACUCCCACCUGCAGGAGAGAGGCCUGCUGCCCUCAGCUGCUGUCCAGGCUGAGUAACAAACACUUUCAGCCGCGUUUCUGAUAGUUAGUAUGAGCACGAGCGCGCUGUGUGUUAUCCCUACAUCCAUCAGCAACCUUCUAGCUCUGCACCCGAGGAAACUCUGUGGAACAAACAAGCAAAAACAAACAAAAGGAAACCAGGAAGGCGUCGUCGUUGGUCUGCUUUGGACCGUCUUCAUCUAAAACAUGGAGGAUAUCUCUCUGAGUGAGGGGAACUUUAAAGCACAUUGCUUUUCCAAUGCCGGCGAUAUUUGGAUCUGGACUCUUUGUUCAUGGACGCUAACUUUGCACUGACUUUUAUGACGUAGGAGGCUUCCACCAGCUGCAGUUUGGACACAGGCUGCUGAGAAGCAGCAGGACUGUUGAACGUUACUUUACAGCCUGGUUCAUUGUCUCCGCUCUAGGUAACGGUUUCACACGCCAUAUCGACACAUGUAGCAUGCAUGCAAGUCCCGCCUUAGGCUCCUGCUGGAUCAGCGGGUUCAGUCUCCAUUUCCUUAGAUUGAUAGCUUUUAGGAUUCUGACCAAACUGAGUCGCACAAACGGAUGUCUGCAGGCAUGCCGACGCAGAGCGUAGAACAUCAACUGCACACUUGACACUUGAAGUAAUGUAUUGUACAGAAAUAUACUUAAAUAUUUAGCUGAACAAAUACCUAAUAUAUACAUAUAUAUAUAUAUUUACUUAGAGAUAUGCUGUGGCAAAACUAAAAAAAACAAACAAUUUAAGCUGUGAGAAAUGAUAUGCAACUAAAGAGAUUAUUUCCUUUUAGCAUCAACAAACUUUAUCUUUAAUAGGCAGCGAUGUAGAUUUAAGCAAACGUUAUUUAGAGAGGGUGAUGUGGAUAAAGCUUUACUUAAA